AAGAGAAAUCAACGGCCCUGCUCUGCUUAGGACAAAACUAGAAGAAGAUAUGAUGACGAAGCUGCGAGUAGGGCACCCAAAAAUCGCAGUGACUUCGGAGUAGAAUUUCAGUUCUCUUCGAGUUCUUGGUUUGAGGCGUCACAGGUUUGGAGAGCAACUGGUCAUGAUUCUAAAUGCAUGCGCCAUGCCAUCUGGGUGUGGCUUCAUGAGUUCAAGGUUAUCCAACCCCGUGCCAUGUAGAUCUGUUUUCACAUCCAGUAUCCAUUUGCCUGCUGAAAAUGCACUGUUCAUUAUCAGGAGUUCUUGGGAGCCACAUCAGGAUUUUAAAUCCUCUUCUCCAGUUAGAGGUCUUCAUCCAUUGCACCUUUCUGCUGCAUCAACCUCCCUAUUUAGUGGGGAUCAAGGUGGUAUUCCAUACUUACCAAGGCGUCGAAGAUCUAAUCUGGUUCCCCGGGCAUCAAGGGAUCUUUUUAAGGGUUUCAGCUAUCCUCCAAUGACUAAGAGACCAAGAUGGUGGUGGAGGACUUUAUCAUGCCUCCCCUAUUUAUUGCCUCUUCAUCAGUCAUGGAUGUAUGCCGAGACAGCAUAUAAUCUACAUCCUUUUUUGGAAGCUUUUGAGUCUUGGACCACCCCAUUUCUUGAGGCUGUAGGAAGGUUGCCAAGAUGGUCCUUUCUGGCAUACUUUGUAGUUGGAUAUCUGUUUGUUGUAAGGAGGCAAGAAUGGCCUCACUUCUUUCGAUUUCACGUGGUGAUGGGAUUGUUAUUGGAGAUUGCGCUGCACGUCACGGGGGCUUUGAACCGGGUGACCCCAGGUGCAGUCUACUGGGGCAAGAUUGGAAUGCACUUUUGGACAAUUUUCUUUUUCGGUUUCCUAUUCACUGUCUUGGAGUGCAUGAGGUGUGCUCUCGCCGGUAUGUACGCUGAUGUUCCUUACGUUUGUAAAGCUGCAUAUGUCCAAAUUCCGGUUGAGAAUAAUUAGAUGUGAGCGAAGUAUUUGUGCACUUCAGUUGAAAGUUGGUUCUGUUCCAUUUACCCAUAUGAUUGACAUCCUUUGAUGUUUCCACUGCCAUUUGCCAUGGCUAAGUUUGAUC